CGGCUAAGGCUAAGCUCUGAUGCGCAUGGCAAUCUAACGGCCUGGGUCGUGCCACGCACGUCCGCCGUCGACGCGCGUGUGGUGACGGGCAGCGACGGGCUGAGUCCAAGCAAGAAAGACAAAGGCCAAUGAAGGCAAUGCGGUGGAACUCUACAGCAGUAGCAGAGCGGGCGCUCUCACAGGGGGAUGGCUAUGGCCGAGCAGGGAAAAGGGUGUGUGGAGCUGGACUCCGCUCGCUGGAAGAUGAUUAGAUAGAGCGGAAUGGAGGGGGGAAAUCUCGGAAUCUCGGCAUUCAUCCUCUGCUUCUUGCUGGAAUGAAGCGGCGGCUUGGAAGUUCUAGAGCUGAAGUCUCUCAAGCUGAGCAAGGCCAUGUUCUUGGGAGGCAGAGUAGCGUAGAGCAGGCGAAGCAGUGGGUCAUGGGAAAACAAGCUACAUUGUUUGGGAAGACAGUGAAGGCCAGGAAUUUGGGUCUGAGGGUGCACAGAUUCUAGAGCACGAGAACAUAGGCAAGAUGCGACACCACGGGUGGGAGCUUCCUUACCAUCCUCUGCAGGUGGUAGCUAUUGCAGUGUUCGUGUCUCUAGCAUUCGCGUUCUACGUUUUCUUCAUCCCUUUUCUUGGUAGCAAGGUCCUCGAGUACCAUGUCAUCGCUAUCUUCUCUCCAUUGGUCAUUCUGGUUUUUGCCUUGUACAUUCGCUGUGCAGCCGCCAAUCCAGCUGAUCCCGGUAUCGAGAAGCAUAAGCUGUAUGGAAAAGGUGGUUCCAACAAGUCGAGCAGUACCUCACUGUCUUUUUCCAAGGAGCACAACAAGAAGAGCCUUGAUGUCUCGGCCUCCAGCAAUGCAGGGGAUAAUGCACUCGGCUUCUGUGCUCCGUUUGGAUGUCUUGCCGUGGGCUUGAAGAGGCUGAUAUGCUGUUCGUGGAGGAGGAACGCAGAGCGAUCCAGACAUCAGGAGGACUUGCUUUAUUGUAGCUUAUGCGAAGCAGAGAUUUUCAAGUUCAGCAAACACUGCCGUGCCUGUGACAAGUGCGUCGAUGGAUUCGAUCACCAUUGCAGAUGGAUAAACAAUUGCAUUGGAAAGAAGAACUACAGAACCUUUGUGUCCUUGAUGGUGUCCGGUUUGCUGCUGCUAAUUUUGCAGUGGUCAGUAGGAGUUUUCGUGAUCGUCAGGUGCAUGCUCAAUCGUAAGGAGUUUCAAGACAAUAUUGUUUCGAAGCUGGGAAGCAGUUUCUCUAUCGUGCCGUUUGUCGUUGUAGUGGGUCUCUGUACAGUUCUGGCGUUAUUGGCAACAUUUCCUCUCGGGCAACUUUUCUUCUUUCAUCUCAUACUGAUUCACAAGGGAAUCAGUACAUAUGAUUAUAUUGUCGCAAUGAGGGAGCGGGAUCAACUACAAGGUGACAUGCACAGCUUGCAGUCUUCGCCUGUAAGCUCGGUUGCAACCGCCGUUAGCAACGUAAGUUCUCUCGGAGCUUUGCAAAGGAGGCCAUGGUGUACUCCACCAAGAUUGCUGGUGGAGCAUCAGGACACGCUUGUGAAAGAUCCUCUAGGCGGCGACAUCGAGAGCGGCAGCAAGGAGAUUGUCCCGCUGCCUCUGAAGAAGGACGAGGCCGGAAAGAAGGCGAAGAAGCCAGUCAAGAUCAGCCCCUGGAAGCUAGCCCGUUUAAACGCAGAAGACGCCUCGAAAGCAGCAGAGCGAGCUCGAGAGAAGUCCUCGGUGUUGAAGCCCGUGGGGAACGACGCCUCGAUCAUAACCGAGACGGACAGCAGCCCGGAAAGUUUCGGCAGGAGUCCAGGUGCCGAGAUAGUCCCACUCCCAUCGAGCCGAAAGACGAAGAGAAAGCGCGACAUAUCCCCGGCGAUCGCCAAGGACACCAGCGGCAGCAGCAGAUCAUCGAAGCAGCACUGGGAAAAGCAGAAACUCCCAUCGUCCGUGGCGGAAGGUGGCGGAGUUCCAAAGCAUCACAGCACCAAGAAGAGCCUGGGGAGCGAUGACUCGGUGGCACCACUGCAGCUGGAGGCCAGGAGCGCGUUCUUGCCAAGCACUCCAGGGAGCUCCGCGAUCGUGCCUUCCACGUCGCUCCUCUCGCCGGACGAGAGCGAGAGCUACCUGGUCGCGGGAGAAGUAGCACCAGCAGCAAUACCACCAGAUCUCGUGGCAGCAUCAACCACAACUGGCGUCCAUGGGACGUCCUCGCCACCAGCGACGAGCUUCUCUCGGCCGUGGCUCCAGAGGUCCGUGAGCGAUGGCUACGACGCAUCCGGUGGAGAGAGCGCCGACGAUAGCGAGCACGGCCGGAGGCUGGCUCACGCAUGGAGCCGCCUCAAGCAGAGCUCCACCUUCAUGAACAGGAGCACGGUGAGGAGCGUGACCGCAAAGCCGCCCCCGUGGGUGGCGGCGAAUCCAGGUGGUGGUGGUGGUGGCAAGGCCCGGUUUAACAGCGCCGCCGCCGCGAACUCGAAGAUCGAGGCCAGCAUUCUCAAGCACGUGAGUAUGGGAUGGUCGGCGCCGCCGCCGCCUCGCAGCAAUGGUGGUGGUGCCAUCGGCGGGAACUCCACCGAGGAGAGCAACUCGGAGUCCAUCUCGCAGUACAACUCCCCCGACCGCGACUCGGAUUUCUUCAGUGCCGGGGACUCAAGCAGCCGGCAUCUCGCGGCGGCGGAUGGCCUCCGGCAUCACCAUCACCACCAGCAUCACCACCAGCACCAGCAUCAUCACCAUGCCCACCACCAUCGCAACCGAUCUGGAGGCUCGCUCAAAGGCAUCGAGGAUCAUCACCUCCAGUGAGAGCUCUCGCUCAACUUUUACAGUGAAAGAUCCAAGCGUCUCCACACUUCCAAGAUCAUCACCACCAUCGUCAAGUUUGGAGAGAGGAGAGAAUGGAGAGAGAGGUGUUCUUCUCUCUCCUCCCUCUCCUCUUCUCUCGGCUACGCGGCUAUAUCCAAUCACUUCUCCAUAUCGGCUUCUUCGUUACUUGUUUGUCCUUUUUCAUUCUAAUCGUUUUGACAAUGAAAGGUUGUUAUUUCCCUGCGAAAA